GUGCGAGUUUGAAGCGCGAACGAAGCGGACGUGGGAUUUUGAAAAGCGCAAAAUACAUUGAAAUAGAGAUCGAAACCAAAUCGAUUAAAAGAAACGGUGGUUUGUUUCAAAAGACAUUCAAUUAAUAUAUAUAUAUAUUUGUGUGUAUGGGCAAAAGUUUAAGGAAUCUAUAAAUUGAAUAAUAAUUAAUAAUGCGGCUCUUGCUGAAAUGUGGCGUGUUCGUGUAUCUAUUUCUGUUCAUCGAUGUCGGUCGUGCCUUCAACAUAAUUGGCAUCAAUCAGCAAAUGCUUUAUGAGUAUGUCGGCAAUGUGCUGGUCGGUGCCAAGCCCCAAGAUGAAGGACAUCCCUCCUCCCCAACAACCGGCUGGAUAGUGCGCGGCAAACUAACCCUUCAGCGGCAAACUGAACUUAUUAUGGCAGCAGCGCUGGUCAUUGACGAUGUUACGCUGAACAAUUCGGGUGAAAAGUUUCUGCAGACUAAGGAGAUGUAUCCGCCAUAUAAGCCCUUCAAGAUUGUUCUAACUAAAGAGGGCACAAUAUCGCAUGUGAUCUUCAAAGAAGGUGAUCCCAUCUGGUCGAUCAACUUUAAGCGCGCCAUUGCCUCGAUUUUGCAAUUCCAAAUGAAGUCUAGUGGUGCCUUCGUAGUCGAUGAGAUCGGUAUACAUGGCAAGUGUCAAACAGAGUAUUUUAUAUCGAAUAAGACGAAUUAUAUAUCGAUCCGCAAGACUCCGGAGCUUAAGACCUGCGUACCCUACUCCGAGGCUAUCCAUCUAACGCGCAGCAAUGUUCCCAAUACGUGCGAGUUCGAUCAUCAGAAGAGCGUUAUUGUGGGUAAUGAGGCCAUCUACGGCUUGUUGCCCCACAACGAGACCGGAUACUUUCUGAGCAUGGCCCAUGUAAAGGGCACCACUCUAAUACACACCUUCGAGUCGACCGGUGAAGCGCAGUACAUUAACUCGGAACUGCUGCUUAACUUCCUGAAUGAGUCCCCCAUCGAUAACGCCAUUGACAUUGAAACUUCGAUGGCUUCGGAGUCGCAGUUUUCGAAUUUGGAGCUACAGCCGCUAGAACUUGACGAUCCCACGGGCGGACGCAAUCCCCAGCAACAGGAAACGCUUAUGACUGCGGCCGCGGGCCUGCUCGACAACCUAGCCGAGGCUCUGGAGAGUACAGAGUUUAAGUUCAGCGAACCGUACGAUUCAACGGUGUCUGAGGUGAUCAAGCUGCUUAGCGAAAUGAAUUUGGAUUCUCUGAAAAAGCUCUACACAGAUGUCGACAUAGGCACGUCGUAUCGCCAGGAAACCAUACGUAAUAUCUUCCAUGAGAUAAUACCGCGCAUUGGCACCAAGGCUUCAGUAUUCCUUACCCACCACCUGGUGGUCGAGAAGCAAAUUAAGUCCCCCAUAGCCGUACAACUGCUUAUACCAAUGCCCUUCCACAUAUUCGAACUAUCAGCGGAUUUGGUCAAGAAAUGCGAGGACUUCUUAACCAUCGGUCCGGAUCGACCGGAUGUGCGUCAGGCGGCGAUCUUAAGCUUCGCCACACUAGUCUAUAAUGUCUAUGUAGCUCGCGGCAUCGACAAGGACACCUUCGAGGAGUAUGUGCAAAAGUAUUUCAAUUUACUUCUAAAUGAUCGGGACUAUGGACAAAAAAUGCUUUAUCUUCAAGGUCUCAGCAAUCUGCAGCUCGGCAAUGUUGCCAACUAUUUGGAACCCAUUAUGCUCGAUGUGAAUGGCAAUGAGGAUUUAAAAUUUCUAGCGGCCUGGGCCACCAUCUCCUUAGUUAACACACGCCCCGAACGCAUUUACGAAGUCUAUUGGCCCAUUUUCGAGUCUCGCAAUGCCAGUCUGGAACUACGUGUGGCAGCUGUUACGCUUCUCUUAAUUUCUAACCCCACCGCCGCCCGCCUCAUUAGCAUACAUCGCAUCAUACAGAGCGAAACGGAUCCGCACAUGAUUAACUAUUAUCGUACCACGGUGACAAGCAUCUCGGAGACUACCUAUCCCUGUUAUCAGCAUCUGCGUCGCCUGCUCUCAUAUAUGCAUCGUCAUUUGCCACAAAAGCCAGAACCACGCUAUUGGGUGACAGGUAACUACAUAUUCGACUACAGAGACUCAAAAUUCGGCAUAGGCGCCAUGCUACAGGCCUUCCUAGUUGGUGAUCCGAAGUCGGAUAUGCCCGUGGUGGGCUAUUUUAAAUUUGAUACUGAAGCGUUGGGCAAAUUUACGGGACAAUUGGCGCUGUAUAUCAAGGCGCGUGGGUUGCCGGAUGCCAUAUUUGAGAACGCAUUGCCCAAGAACGCAAGUGAUCCGUUCACUUUUCAGAGCAUUAAAAAGCUACUGGCCAUGCUGAAGGCACCUGUCAUCAGUUCGAAGGCUCUGCACUUUGAGUUUAUACUUCAAAUGGAGGGAAAGACUGUGCUAUCCUAUUAUCUUAACCAGCGCAUGAUGCAGCAACUCACCUACGAGAACAUUCUGAAUCGGAUUAAGCUGCUCAUUCGCACCGACAGUCACAUCAACAUGCAGACCGUGCGUUGGCCCUUCAUGAACAGAUAUGUGGUGCCGACGGUGCUGGGCACUUCGGCCGAUGUUCUGCUGCAGACGACGGUGUUAACAUCGCUGCGCGGCAACAUCACACAGCAUCGGGACCGGGAUGAGACCAAGCAUGCUUUGGAGAUCGAUGCGCGGUACUCUUCCUACGCCUCGGUGCGUAGUCGCAGCUACAAUCCGUUCCUCAACCUCGAUCACGAGAUCAAUCGUGAGCAGGGCUUCCUCAUUUACAUACCGUUCAACAAUGAGCUAACCUACAACGAGAGCUGCAAGUGUGCAAGAUAUACGCUCACACGUCCACAGAACCUAACUAGCGGGCUGUCCUUCAAGUCUCGUGCUGUUACCACAACACGAGGCCUAAUUACCAAAACGGCAGCGGCGCCCUUUGAGGAAACCCUCUAUCCAGAGCGUGGCAGUGAAGUGUUCCAGCUCUUCAGCCACACGAUACCCGACUUGGGACUAACGCUUUCCUUCAACACAAACCUUAACGAGCUGGUCAAAUACCGUGGUAUGCUGCUCAAAUCGGAGUUCACGGAAAACGGCAUGUCGCGCAACAUGUUUGUCAGCAUAAUGUUGUAUGUAUUUGGAUUUACCCAACUAAGCUCCAUACAUUUGGGUCACGAUCGGAACUUCACGCUGUUGGUGUACAAUGAGAAUGCCACUAGGAUCGAUGGCUCUAUUUGCCGGGAAGAUGUCAUCAACACACCCGAUCUGCGAGGACAGCAAAUCGGCUUUACAUUGCAGCAUGCCGAUGACACCCACAACGUGGAGGCACUGCACAAGUGGAACCUCACACUGGAUGUGCAGACAUCGACAAAGACUAACUGGUUCCAGGUGCGGGGAAAAAUUCAACGCAACUCGAAGACCGAUGGAGCGGACUGGAAGGCCUGCACCAGAAUAACCUACGAGCCUCUCGUCUUCACCAAACGCCCACACACUCUCAACGGCCACAUCGAGUUCGGCAAUGCCGCCGUCAAGGGCGAGUGCCCCCAGGAUGGAUCCAGCGUUCAGUUUGCAGCACGCGCGGGCCCCUCGGAGCAAGCACGCGCUUUUCUCAGCUCCGAUCAAAUCUCGCUCACCGACACUGAUUUCUGUCCCAAAGAGGUUCUCAAAUUCUCACCCAUACCCACCUCCAAGUAUUGCAAGCGCAGCAAUUUUGAAAACUUUACGGCCAUAACGCAAUAUGGCAUGGAUCUGAAGUUCAAGAAUAUGCCCGCCUGGUUUGACUUGUGGUCCAAUCGUUUGGAUCAUCUGGUCUCUGCAUUGUCCUCUCACAGAGUGGACAGCCUGCAAAUGAGUCGUGAGAUCAAUAUUAAUAUGCAAACGCAAUCUGAUUACUUUUGGCUGACGAUUGAGGUGAAUGGAGUCCAGUGGCGUAUCUACCACAUCCCCUUCCUAUAUAAGCUGGACUCCAAGUUCGAUGCCUCCCAUGAGUUGACCUACGAUUCAGGCUAUAAGCGUUCCUGUUCGCUAAUCAACGGCAUGGUCAAUACUUUCGAUGAUUAUUUGAUAAAUUUGAACGAGUUCUCCACCCAAGUGGGCUGCCUGACCCUGCUGGCCGCCGACUGCUCCCCAUUCCCAAAAAUGGCCGUCUUCCUGACCCCCUCACCCAGCCAUGGUCUGAGCAGCAAUUAUGGCUUGCGAAUACACAUUGGCCAGAACUAUUUUAGUUUCUACCCGCGGGAGGGCAACUCCACCUCCCUGGACGAACAGCCCGUCCUGAUUUAUAUAAAUCAGGCACAGACGCCCCACGAUGUGCGCCUCAAGCCAUACCAAUGGCCCAUCGAUGCCAACGAAUACGACUUCCGCGUCGAACUUAACGAACAGAAUAUACUGAUUGUCGAGUGCAUCCAACUCCAUGCCACAAUACAGUUUGACAUGUUCAAUAUUUUGAACUUUGAAAUCUAUGGGGUCUACAAACAUCAGAUGUGUGGACUAUGCAGCAAGCCCCUAAAUCGCAUGAACAACUAUACGUACUGUGAGCACUCAUCGGAUCCGGUUUCGGUUUCCGAAGCAGUUGGAAAAGCGUAGGUCUCCUUCUCUCUAUAGAAUUAAACCGAAGUCGUUAAAUUUAAGAUUAUGAUAUGACAGUUCUUGCUAAUUAAAUAAAUAAAAGCAGCCACUCUCAAUGCAAGUUAUUUCCAAGGCGCUGAAGAGAAUGGGAAUACGAAUUUGGAA